AUGUUUCGCUCUUUAAGAAAUCCAUUAAAUCUCACACUCGCCCUUAAACAAUUACUUGAAUUGCAAGCCAAUUUCCCACCUCAACCUCUAGCUGCCAUGAAUACAUGGAUCAUCGAGAGGCAAGCCGGAUGUAGCAUGGUUUUAAAAAACGACCGUUACGUCGC